AUGCGCCCAACAUACCAUCUAGCUGCUUGCCUUACCCUGUUGGCUAGUGUUGUAACGACCACGGCGGCACCGCAAAACGUUACUCACUCCACAAUCCAACCAGUCACGCGUGCCAAUAUCCCCCGCGGAGUCUUAACCAAGAUUACGAACUUUGGCACUAACCCUACAAACGUAGAAAACUUUGUUUACAUUCCCCAAAACCUCAAGUCCAAGCCGGGCCUCCUGACGGCCAUUCAUUACUGCAGUGGUACAGCCCAAGCCUAUUAUUCAGGCACUCAGUACAAGCAGCUUGCCGACCAAUAUGGCUUUAUUGUCUUGUACCCCGAUGCGCCUGAUAGCGGAGGGUGCUGGGAUGUCCAUAGUACCCAGACACUUACUCAUAACGCCGGCGGAGACUCUCUCGGGAUCGCCAGCGGUAUCCGGUAUCUGAUCAGCCAGUAUAACGUUGAUACCAACAAGGUCUUUGCUACCGGCUCAUCGUCUGGAGCGAUGAUGACCAACGUCCUCGCGGGUGCUUAUCCUGACUUGAUCCGCGCCGGUGCUGCAUUCGCGGGCGUCCCGUACGGUUGUUUCGCUGGUGCGGGCAUGUGGAAUAGCCAAUGUGCUCAGGGCAAACUCAUAAAGACUGCUCAACAAUGGGGUGAUCAGGCUCGGACCGGCUUCCCCGGCUAUACUGGCCCUCGGCCCAAGAUGCAGCUUUGGCAUGGCUCCGCCGACACGACCCUCUACACUCAGAACUUUUACGAGGAGAUCAAGCAAUGGACAAACGUUUUUGGCGUUAGUCAGAAUCCCACUUCCACCACUCAAAACUGGCCCCGUUCAGGCUGGACUAGGACAGACUAUGGCCCUAAUGUUCAAGCCGUCCUUGCCAGCGGCGUUACUCACGACCUCCCGAUCCAGGCUAGCCAGGUUAUUCAGUGGAUGGGCUUGAACAACUAA